AUGCAGCCGAUCUUCCAUGCGAUCCUUCAAAACGACGUUCCAGCUUUUCUGAGUCUAGUGGAAGAGAGAGAAUCACGGCUGGAGGAGAGAUGCGAGGAACAACACAGCAACACGGUGUUGCACAUGGCUGCUAAGCACGGACACAGAGAACUCGUCUCAAAGAUCAUCCAACUCCGACCAUCCCUCAUCUUUUCCCGUAACGCUUACGGUAACACUCCUUUGCAUCUCGCUGCUCUCCUUGGAGACGUUGACAUCGUUAUGAACAUGUUAGAGUUUGGUCUGGAAGCGUGUUCCGCAAGAAACAACGACAACCAAACACCCCUCCACUUAGCUUGCCGCAGCAUUUCCAUGGAGGCUGCCAGUCUCGUUGCGGAAAAGACUCGGUCAAUCGGCCUCCAUGAACUCAAGUUCGCCAUAACAAGUGGAUCCACUUGUAUUGCAGAGAUUAUACUGGAGAGAUUCCCAGAGCUAGCUAAGGAAGAAGCUUGGCCGGUCGAAGGUGGCUCGCUAUCGACGCUACUGCAUCAUGCGUGUGAUAGAGGUGACCGUGAACUAGCAAGUAUAUUGUUAGGGCUCGAUCAAGGAUUAGAAGAAGCUCUUAACACCGACGGUUUAUCACCUCUGCAUCUGGCGGUCCUCAGAGGCUCAGUUGUAAUCUUGGAGGAGUUCUUGGACAAGGCUCCCUUUUCUUUCGUCUGUCUCACGCCGUCAGAAGAAACAGUCUUUCAUCUCGCUGCACGAAACAAAACCAUCGAUGCCUUUGUUUUUAUGAGAGAGAGUGUGGGCAUGAACAUCUCUAGUCUCCAGCAGCAAACAGAUGCAAAUGGCAACACUGUCUUACAUGUUGCUGCCUCCAUGGCUUCUUGUGCUCCGCUGAUACGUUACAUUGUGGGCAAGAAGAUAGUAGAUAUCAACUAUAGGAACAAGAUGGGUUUUGCGGCUAUUCACCUUCUCCCUAAAAAAGCUAAAGACUUUGAGUUGUUAUCAACCUGGCUGAAGCUGGAUACCGAGCUGGAUUCUGAUCAGAGCAGUGAAGAAUACGUCGAUGUACCCUCUAAAGUCACCAAUCCAUACCACAAACGAUCUCUGGAACGCGUUAAGUCUUUAGAGAUCUCCGGAAGCCGUAAAGAGAAGGAGGUAACACGGUUGCUUAAGAUAAUCGAAGCGAACACAUCAGAGAUAGCACAGAUAAACCGAGGCAAGAAUGGUGCUGCGGAAAGAGGCCGUAAGAGCUUGGAACAUGAGAUGCAUAUAGAAGCACUACAAAAUGCAAGAAACACGAUUGCGAUAGUGGCAGUCUUGAUUGCUUCAGUUUCUUACGCCGGUGGAUUAAAUCCUCCGGGAGGCGUUUACGAAGCAGAGGCGGGACCAUGGAGAGGGAAGUCGAUGGUAGGCAAAACGACAGCUUUUAAAGUCUUUGCGAUAUGCAACAACAUCGCACUCUUCACGUCCUUGUGCAUCGUUAUUCUUCUCGUUAGCAUCAUACCUUACAAGAGUAAACCAUUAAAGAAACUACUGGUGGCCACGCACAGGAUGUUGUGGGUUUCUGUAGGGUGCAUGGCAACAGCUUUUGUUGCUGCAUCUUGGAUUACCAUACCGCGUUACGACGGAACAGGCUGGUUGUUUCCGGCCAUUGUCUCGGUCGCUGGUGGAUCGUUGACGGUGCUCUUUUCUUAUCUCGGAGUUGAGACCAUUGGUCAUUGGUUCAAGAAGAUGAAUCGUGUAGAAGAUCUACCGAUUUAUUUAAAAAAUACAAACCGUGUAGGAGAUAUUCCUCCCUUUGCAAGGACCAGCUCAGAUCAUCUGGCCGCCUCCACAUUAUGUAAAAGUAAGAGUGAAGGAGAUUUGCCAUGCCUUGCAAGGACUAACUCAGAUUUGGCCGUCUCCAGAAGAUCAGGCUAUUUCACCUAUUGA